AUAUGGCUUGUGAUUGUUAAUGUGGUUACGUGGGAGUUUAAUGAUCUGAUAAUUUAUGAGACUUCUUCCAAUUUUGUUUAAUCACUUGUCUAUAUUUUGUUAAAUACGAUUCUUCGUAGCCAUUUUUAAAAAUUGUCUUUUUCUAGGGGUCAGAAAAUAAUAUUAACUUUACUAAAUAGAGAAAUGGAAACUUUCGUAAAAUCUAGGGUUUUUAAAGCAAAUUCCCUUUUUUUUAUUUUUUGUUAAGAGUCAAAAGGUUAUAUUGAUUUUGGUGGAAGCUUUUUAUAUUUUACAGAGAAGAGAAGAAGAAUACACGAGACAAGAGUCAUUCCAAAGAGUGUGAGAGAUGGAGGUGGAGAAGGAGAAGCCAGAAUUGACAUUGUACAACACGAUGACUCAACUGAAGGAAGUUUUAAAACCCAUCAAUCCUGGAAAGAUCGGAAUGUAUGUCUGUGGUAUCACCUCCUACGAUUUCAGCCAUCUUGGCCACGCUCGUGCCGCCGUCUCCUUUGACCUUCUUUACAGAUACUUAAGGCACUUGGGUUAUGAGGUUACUUAUGUUCGGAAUUUUACUGAUGUUGAUGACAAGGUGAUUGACAGAGCUAACAAGUGUGGAGAGAACCCAUUAGCUUUGAGUAGUCGCUUUUGCGAGGAGUAUCUUGUAGAUAUGGCUGCUCUUCAGUGCCUCCUUCCCACUCACCAGCCUCGUGUCAGUGACCAUAUGGAACUCAUUAUUAAGAUGAUUGAAAAGAUCAUUGAGAACGGGUGUGGGUAUGCAGUGGGUGGUGAUGUGUUCUUCUCUGUUGAUAAAUCACCAAAUUACGGUCAAUUAUCUGGGCAACGGCUGGAUCAUACUCAAGCUGGUAAGCGUGUUGCUGUUGACUCAAGGAAGCGCAAUCCUGCUGACUUUGCAUUAUGGAAGGCUGCAAAAACUGGUGAACCAAGUUGGGAGAGCCCUUGGGGUCCAGGAAGACCAGGAUGGCACAUUGAGUGCAGCGCCAUGAGUGCUCAUUACCUGUCUCCGAGAUUUGAUAUUCAUGGUGGUGGUGCAGACCUGAAAUUCCCGCACCAUGAGAAUGAGAUUGCACAGACAUGUGCUGCUUGUGAAGAUAGUGGUGUGAGUUAUUGGUUACAUAAUGGACAUGUAACCAACAACAAUACGUUAGAAGACCUUGUCAAAGCUCUGUCGCCAUAUCGAGAAGAAAUGAGUGAAGGUGUUGGAAAGGCUGUACAGACUGCAGAAGCCAAAGACAUUAUAAAGAAAGUGAAGAGUGAGUUUGAAACAAAAAUGUCAAACGACUUGAACACUGCACAUAUACUCACGGGUGCUUUCCAAGAUGCAAUGAGAUUCAUAAACGUUUCAAUCACCAAGCUCAAGAAGAUGCAGAAGAAGCAGCGGAUGUCACUGGUCGUGUCACUGGUGGAGGUUGAGAAAGCAGUCAGAGAAGUUCUUGAUGUGCUUGGUUUGCUCACAACUGUAAGCUACGCCGAAUUUUUGAAAGAGAUGAAACAAAAGGCAUUAACAAGAGCAGAAAUGGGAGAAGAGGAGGUCUUGCGGAAGAUUGAAGAAAGGAAAAUGGCACGGAAGAAUAAAGAGUUUAAGAGAAGUGAUAAGAUCAGAGAGUCGUUGGCAGUUAAAGGGAUCUAUCUGGAGGAUACACUUGGAGGAACUGUCUGGAGACCCGCCACCCCUUUGAUUUUGAAGCCUAAAUUCGGUUUAGGCAAGAUCGCCUUGAUUUUUGCUAUCAUGUUUAUUUUCGUUGGCUUGUUCUUCUAUAGUCGUUGAAACUCAUUUCAUCAUUUGCUUUAGAGUUUAGACUGUGUUGGACAUAUAUAUAGGUAAAUCCCAAAUAUGAUGAAAUUACUUGAGAUAAA